AUGGGCUCAGACAAUUGUGUCAGCUGGUCAUGGGUCAUGAUUGUGUUCAUGUUGUUGUCCAUUUGGAACGUGGAUGUUGAUGGACAAAGCACAAACUUCAUUGUCACGGAUUUUGGUGCCGUUGCUGAUGGAAAAACAGACAGCAGACAGGCUUUCCAGGAUGCCUGGAAGAGUGCUUGUCAAGCUGACGGGGGCGUAGUUUCAGUGCCGCAAGGGACAUUCCGUGUGAGUGGUAGUGCAGUCUUUGAAGGGCCAUGCAACGGCCAGACGGGGUUUUCUGUCGAUGGCACUGUUAUAGCUUCUGAUGAUCCUACACUUGAUAAAGACUAUUGGAUCACAUUUCAUAAGGUGGAUGCCUUGACAGUUUCUGGAUAUGGUGUAUUUGAUGGAAAUGGAGCCUCGUCUUGGUCAAGUUGUAACGGCGUCAAAAACUGCAACCCUUUACCCCCCGUGCCCCCGAAGACAGCCCCAACACUGAUGGAAUCCACACCCCCCCCCAGCCGCUCCAACGGUGUAAACAUCUUUGACUCCCAUAUAGCCACGGGAGAUGACUGCAUAUCUAUGGGAGACGGAAGUAGGAAUGUGAACAUUUCCGGAGUCUGGUGCGGGCCGGGACACGGUAUUAGCAUUGGGAGCCUGGGGAAGUACGAGGGAGAGGAGGAUGUCAGUGGAAUUACCGUCAGGGGUUGUACUUUGACCAACACGGACAACGGUCUGAGGAUCAAAACAUGGGCACCUUCUUUAUCGUCCACCGUUGUUUCUGAUGUUACAUACACUGACAUCAACGUAAACAAUGUAAAAAAUCCAAUCAUCAUCGAUCAAUACUAUUGCCCCGGUGGUUCCUGCAGGCAUGAGGAAGAGUCGAGCGUGGCAAUCAAAGGCGUAAAGUACAUAAAUAUACGGGGGAGCUCAGCGACAGAGACUGGUGUGAAUAUGCAGUGUAGCAAAAGUUAUCCAUGCCAAGACAUAGAGCUGAGGGGGCUUGAGCUGACCUACAAUGGGCAACCCACAACAGCAUCGUGCUCCAGUGCAGACGGCAUAUUUCAAGGAACCGAUCAAGUUCCCUCACAAUGUUCCUCACAAUAUGCAUGUUUCUGA